AUGAACUUCCUAAGAAAACGAAGACCUUCCAAUUCUUCUGAUGAUGACGAGGAUCAAUCGAACCUAUCCCAAAUUAAGAAAUCAAGAAAACCACCAAACACAGCAUUUCGUCAACAAAGAUUACAAGCUUGGCAACCCAUAUUAACUCCAAGAUCAGUGAUUCCAUUUCUAUUUUUACUAGCUGUAAUAUUUGCACCUUUGGGGAUAGCUAUAAUAUACACUACAUAUAAUGUUCAAGAACUAAAUAUAGAUUAUUCCAAAUGUCACCUACAAUCAGAUAAAUUCGAAUCAAUACCUGACAAAUAUACUGGAUUCCAUUUCAAGAGCAAUACUAAACCUGAUUUUAAAUGGAGAGUUGAAAACUUAACUGCAACAGAUUAUGAUUAUCAAAAGUGCAUAAUUCAAUUUAAUAUGCCUGAUUUAAAGGCACCACUAUACUUAUAUUACAAAUUAACAAAUUUUUAUCAAAAUCAUAGAAAAUUUGUGGAAAGUUAUGAUUUGGAUCAAUUAGGCGGUAAGGAUUUAUCAAGUGAUUCAGUUACUGAUAAUUGUAAACCUUUGAAACAUAGAGAAUAUAAUGGAGAACAAAGAUUAAUUUAUCCUUGUGGAUUGAUUGCAAAUUCAUAUUUUAACGAUACAAUAAGCUCCCCUGUUUUGUUGAACGCAAGGAACGGUAAUGAUAAUGAAACUUAUGAAUUUACGGAUAAGGACAUUUCGUGGUCUUCUGAUAGAAAUCAUAAAUUUAAAAUGACGACAUAUAAUCCAGAAGAUGUUGUACCUCCGCCAAACUGGGAUAGAAUGUUUCCUCAAGGUUACAAUGAAUCAAAUAUGCCUAAUGUGCAAAAAUGGGAACAUUUACAAAAUUGGAUGAGAACCGCUGCAUUACCUAAUUUCUAUAAAUUGUAUGGUCAGAACACAACUCAAACCUUAUCUUCUGGAACUUACGAAAUUAGUAUAGAUCUAAAUUACCCAGUUGAAAUAUUCGGAGGUACAAAAAGUAUAGUUAUCACAAACAAUAAUGUUUUUGGAGGUAGAAAUGUGAGUUUGGGUGUCAUUUAUAUGAUCGUUGCUGUCAUAUCUUUAGUUUUGGGCUUAGGAUUCUUGUUACAAUUUUUGAUUAAACCUAGAAAGAUUGGUGAUCAUAAUUAUCUACAAGAGGGUGAAAUCAUCAAUUAUCGAGAUCAACUAUGA